UAGGGGGAGCUACAUGUGUAGAGGGAAUUGUCUGAUGUGAGUAGUGUGAGAUGUAGGAAAGGAGUUUCCUUAUGGGGUCUUAGUGGGGAGGGAGUUGCCUGUUUAAGUUGUGAUAUGGGUGAAAUUGUUAGUGUAGAGUGGGGACUUUCAAUUUGCACAAUAGAUGGACAACGCUUUUCUCUAGGCGAUUCUCUUUUUCCUUGGUGUUUUCAAUCAGUUUCAAAGGCAUUCAAUUAUGCAAUUGUCGCCUCAAUUUUGGGUGAUUAUGUGCAUUCUUUUGUUGGACACGAACCUUCUGGAAGGCUUUUUAAUGAAAUUUGUCUUGAUUCAAGCGGAAAACCUCACAAUCCAAUGAUUAAUUCUGGGGCUAUAAUUGUCACGUCUUUAAUGAAGAAAGGCUUGCCUAUGGCUGAUAGAUACGAUUUUGCAUUGAAUGAAUACAAAAAGUUGGCUGGUGGAGGGUAUAUUGGCUUCAACAAUGCAACAUUUUUGUCAGAAAAAAAGACAGCAGAUAGAAAUUAUGCAUUAUCCUACUAUAUGAAAGAAAAUAAAUGUUUUCCUUCUGAUAUAGAAAGUAUUCGAGAUGAAUUGGAUUUUUAUUUUCAAUUGUGUUCUUUGGAAACUAAUUGCGAGGCUGCUGCUGUAAUGGCAGCUACUUUAGCUAAUGGAGGUGUUUGUUCAUUAACUGACCAACCAUGUAUUCAAAGUCGGGCAUGUCGUGAUGUUCUUUCUUUAAUGUAUUCCUGUGGAAUGUAUGAUUAUUCUGGACAAUUUGCUUUUGAUGUUGGGUUACCUGCAAAAUCUGGUGUUUCUGGUGGAAUGAUUUUGGUAAUUCCAAAUUUAAUGGGUAUUUGUUUAUUUUCUCCUCGACUAGACAGAAUGGGAAAUACAACUAGAGGUGUUCUAUUUUGUCAAAAAUUGGUUGAUAUUUUUAAUUUUCACAAUUAUGACUCGUUAUUGCAUGCUGAUUCAAAGAAAAUUGAUCCUAGAAGGAGAAUUGGAAAUAAGGAAACUGACCUGGUUGUAAAUUUAUUAUUUGCUUGUAAAAAUGGCGACUUGGAGACUGUUAGAAAACUUCAUCUUCAAGGAAUGAAUUUAAAUAUUGUUGAUUAUGAUGGACGUACAGCCCUCCAUUUAGCUGCUUCUGAAGGACAAACAGUUAUUUUAAGAUUUCUUUUACAAAUUGCAAAAGUUGACCAAACUAUUCGUGAUCGUUGGGGACGGACAGCUUUGGAUGAUGCUAGAACAUUUCAUCGGACAGCUUGUAUGGCUCUUUUAUUGAAAGCAGCACAGAGGAAACAACAAAAGCAGCAAACACAAUCGUCGAAAGCUACUAAAGGUUUGACUGGAUUAGCGGCAAAUAACAAUAAUAAUAAUACUGGACAUUUACCAAUAACAACAAAUACAUCAACAACAAUAGAAAGUAGUGGAGGUGAAGAAGAAGGAGAAUUGGAGGAAGACGAGGAUGAAGAAUUGUUAAGGUCAGAAGAAGGAGGAAGUAUGUGGGAUGAUGAUCAACCUUUAUCUACUACAAAUAAUAAUAAACACCAAAAAGGAGGUGGAGGAAUUGUUAGUGGAAGAAGUUCAAAAGCAGCAGCUACAGCAAAAUGGAUGAUUGAACAUUGUGUUGAUAGACUUUCUUUGGGAGGUAAUGAUGAGGCUAUGGUGGAGAAUGGAGAAAAGAGUCGUCGUUUGGACAAUAAAAAUGGUGGGGGUCAUCAACAUAAACAAGCAGCAAUUAUUGCUAGCAGUAAAUUUCAUACAAGUACGGGAGACUAA